UGAAGAAAUCUUCUCGCGUUAUUUCAAGUCACCGCGUUUAAUUUCCUGUUCCGGGGUCGGCGCGUGUUGCCUGAUCGUCUUGCUCGCUGCUGGGCUAGAGUUUUUUUCUGAUGUGUUGCGGAGCGCUGCUGUGGUAGGGAUGAUGAUGAUGGCGGAGCUGGUGCAGGGACAGGCCUCGGUGGCUCAGCCUGGAAUGAAAGCAGACGGCUUCGCCGACGCUUUACACCGGGCCCGACAGAUUGCGGCUAAGAUGGGGGGAGACCAGAUGCCCCAUCUGAACAAUUCCUCUCCGGUUGUGGACCCCUCACUCUAUGGCUAUGGAGGCCAGAAGCGCACCAUGGACGAAGGAGUUGGCAGCCAGCUGGGUGGAAUGGUACAUCAAAGGGCUAUUAUCACAGAAGACUACAAAGUGCCUGAUAAAAUGGUUGGAUUCAUUAUUGGGAGAGGAGGGGAACAGAUCACAAGGAUUCAGUUGGAAUCCGGUUGCAAGAUACAGAUUGCUGCUGAUAGUGGGGGUAUGAUGGACAGACCCUGCACCCUCACUGGAAGCCCUGAAAGCAUUGAGCAGGCGAAGCGACUGUUGGGGCAGAUCGUGGAGCGAUGUCGGAACGGGCCGGGCUUCCACAACGACAUGGACGGCAACAACACCAUCCAGGAGAUCCUUAUCCCCGCCAGCAAAGUGGGCCUGGUCAUCGGGAAAGGAGGGGACACCAUCAAACAGCUGCAGGAGAGAACAGGUGUUAAGAUGAUCAUGAUCCAAGAUGGUCCCAUGCCGACAGGAGUGGACAAGCCCCUGAGAAUCACUGGGGACCCUUACAAAGUGCAGCAAGCCCGUGAGCUGGUGGUGGAGAUCAUCCGGGAUAAGGACCAGGGAGACUUCCGCACUGCCAGAGGGGACUUUGGCUCCAGGAUGGGAGGAAGCAGCAUGGAUUGUGACUCUUCCCAGGUGGCUGUCCCGAGGUUUGCCGUGGGGAUAGUCAUUGGCAGGAACGGGGAGAUGAUCAAGAAGAUCCAGAACGACGCCGGCGUGAGGAUCCAGUUCAAGCCAGAUGAUGGCAUCAGCCCCGACCGUAUCGCCCAGGUGAUGGGCCAGCCGGACAGAUGCCAGCACGCAGUCCACCUCAUCAACGAGCUGGUCCACACUGCACAGCGAUCCCCCUUCCCGCCCCAAACCGGCUGGUCCCUGGAUGGGUCCAGCCUGACCCCAGACCGACCCGUCCUGGACCCGCUGGGCCCCUGGCCCGGUUUGGGGGACCUCAGUCAGUUGUAUGGACAGGAGCGGGACGGAUUCGGGGGUGCAGCCCGGGGCCGUGGCAGAGGACGCGGGGACUGGAACGUCGGGGCACCUGGAGGCAUUCAGGAAGUGACCUACACGAUACCCGCUGACAAGUGUGGCCUUGUGAUUGGGAAAGGUGGGGAGACCAUCAAGAACAUCAACCAGCAGUCAGGAGCCCAUGUAGAGCUGCAGAGAAACCCGCCGCCCAACACCGACCCCAACAUGCGCAUCUUCUCCAUCCGUGGCACCCCUCAGCAGAUGGAGGUGGCUCGGCAGUUGAUCGAUGAGAAGAUCGGGGCGUCAGGGCUGGGAGGCAACAGCAGUUUUGGCCUCAAUCCUUUCACCCAAGGCCCAGCCACCCCUCACCAGAAUGGACCGCAGACCUUCAUGACUGGAGGCUGGGGCACAACCUACCAACCAUGGCAGCCCCAGGGACAACAGGACCCCAGUCACAAUGGAUCCCAGACCGGACAGAUGGACUAUUCCAAAGCAUGGGAGCAGUAUUAUAAAAAGCUAGGCAAGUGUCUGUAUGUGUGAGGGAGGGAGGAAAUGUGUGGACGCAAGCUGUGAGCUACUAAAGGAGCCACCACUGACCCCUGCCUCACUGCCAGCCAAUAUCCUGCUGGCUAGGAUUCCGCCAACCCUCCAGCAAGACAGACUUAAGAUGUCUGAGGGUCUUAACAGCCCAGUCCUACCCCCACACCCCGUCACCCCCACCCCCCUUCGAAACAUCAGAUCUGAGAACCUCUCCUGCCCCCCUCACCACAAGCCCCCCUACCCUCUGAUUAUCCUGCUGUCCCCCCACCUGUCCGCCACACCAGAAAGCCCCCUCGUCUCCAUCACUACCGUCCUGCUGGCAGUGCCAUGGCAACCCUCUUGCUCCCCAGCACAGCUUGUGCAAAGGUGGAAUUAGUAGCCAUCUCAAUCUCUCUCAGCAGCUUGGACUUCAGCGGUCAUGUUAAGUUUUAUGCCGUUAGGUCAAAAAAAAGAAUUAACUCAAGAACGAGUGAUUUUAGAAGACCACUGGUGUGUCCUUACCGCUUUCUCGUAAAUUCUCAUCGAAGUGCUGCGUCUCCUGUGAGACCUCAUGCGCACAUGCAUGAACAUGGCAUUCUGACAUUCUGUUACAUUUCUUAUAGUAGCACUGCAGAUGCCAUUUCAGUGCAAAUAAUCACGCUUUCGGUGUUCUUGGACUUGGCUUUCAAGUCUGAAACAAUGUGGUAGGUAUAUUUUUUUUAAACAUUCUUACUCUAGAAAAUCUUGGUUUCUAUAACUGCAAAAGGAGUUAUAAUUCAUGAAAUGAUGGUCGUGGAAGUGUGGAUAUUUUCUUGGCACAGCAAAUAGCCUCACCCUAACCCUCAGGUGCGGAAGUAACUUUCAUGGUAAGACUUCAGGGUAACAGGGUUCCCACGGUCAUGGAAAUCCGGGCAACGUCAUGGUAUUUUAAAAUCCCAUUUUCCAGGCCUGGAAAAGACGUGAAAUUGAAUUUAGUUGUGCAGUGCACUGCCGAGUCUGAAUUUUGAGUGCCACUGCUGAAAUUUCACACGGUUUAUAAUUUAUAACAAGAAGUAAUGCAAACUAAGGAAGUUAGAUUUAAUGCUACAGGCCUAAUCUACAGGGCAAAUGACUAACGCCAGUCAGAAUUCAGUCAGUGAGUAGGCUAGUGCGGUGGGAAUUUUUAAACAAAGAUAUUAAUGUUGGGUCUAAACGGUUUUCAUGCCAUUUUUAACGCCUAACUCUGACGCUCGUACAGGGAAGAGCUGUAUUCUCAACUCAACUCUCUUGGGGUUAGCCACACCCACUACACGGCUAUAAGGUGCGAUUAACAUUGUCACCUAUAGAAGCAUGCCAGUUUCAAGGCUAGCCUAAAACCUAGUGUCAACAUCUCAUCUGAUCUGUCAUCCGUCAGCAUGUUUAGUAUGCAAUGUUGCCAAGUUUAUUAAUUUAUUACAGUCCUUAAAACAUUGGAUCGAUCAACUCGGUAUCAUUUUCAUGUCACAUCCCAAGAUGGAAACAUAACCUAAACCAUCAUACAGUACUUUUCUUUUCAACUGAACUACUACACUUGUCUGUAUGGAUCAGUCUAUUUGUUAUUUCUAAAAAGUAAAAAAGACAAAACAUAGCUUAUGUUAAUAUUAUAUAUACACAUAAUAUGCAUUGAUAAUACUACGACUGAUAAAGAAUAAUAAAAGUAAAAGCACUGAGGGUCCAGCGUCCAGCACUGUUUGUAGGUCUAAUGAAAUUAAUUAUGUUAUUGUACUCUUCCAUGGAUAAUAUUUAGUUGUGUGAAAUUUCUGCAGAGUAAUAGUUUCCAUUUUAAUUUGAUUUAGCCUUAAUAGUCUAUUAGAAAAGGAAUGAUGAGGGUGGUUGUUUAAUUUUUAUUCAAUAAUUAGGCCCAACCUGUAGAGUAAUAGAUGCAAUUUUGUGCCAGUGAGAAUUGUGAAUGGACUCUGAUAUUUCAUUAAGUGUCCUUGAAAAGGUGGGAACCCUGGGUGGGAACCCUGUGGUAAGAAAAGACAGUGUGGCUAGAUGGUCCGCUGUAAUGACUGUUAGCAGUGUUCUUUCUGCAUCUGUAAUGCAGGUCAUCUUUAAAUAUGUCCCAGCAUCUUAACCUCGAGCUUAAGAGUGAUUAUAACCAGGGCUUUGUGGUUGCUUAUGUUAGUUGAAUGCCACUCUGUAUACUGAAUACACUCCAGGCUCAUAACACGGAGGUUUUUGCAAGUCUCCUGCCAGAGCGUUUAGGCCUCUACAAACCUGCUGUGGUUGUAAACAGGCUGAUUUGUUGUCAUAUUUUAUGCAUGUGAUAAUGGUGUGGAUGACACUAGGCUGACUGGCAGUAAAAGUUUGACUCACUCUGCGUCACCCCCCCCCCCCCACCCCCUCGUUUGUGCAGGUCAGCAGAGCCAAGCCCAGAGCAGCGGCCCUGACUACAGCAAAGCAUGGGAGGAGUACUACAA